CGGCUCUCCUGCACACGCUACCGGAGUCCAGCCCGUAAAGGGUAAAUGAGACCGCUUCCUGGACUGACAGGCGCAUUAAAAAAACGAAAGUCAAAGAGGGAAACAAGUGCACGUGGUGAAUGAGACUGACCGAGAAGCAGCGCAGAGACGACUCAGGAUGAGCCAGUGGAAGCAGAUUCAGCAGCUGGAGAUCAGGCUCCUGGAACAUGUGGACUAUCUUUAUGAUGAUAACUUCCCCAUGGACAUCCGACAGGGUCUAGCCAGCUGGAUCGAGUCUCAGGAUUGGGACACGGCAGCUAAUGACGAGUCGAUGGCGGCUGUGCUGUUCACCAACCUGCUGACCCAGCUGGACAGAGUGCGCUCGCAUGAGCAGAACUUCCUGCAAAGACACAACAUGAAAAUCAUACAGCAGCAGCUGCAGGUGAAAUACACAACCAACCCUGCCAUCAUGGCGAAGGUUAUCUCCAACUGCCUCAGGGAGGAGCGUCGAAUCCUCUCCAGCGCCUGCAUGCAGGAACAGGGUCCACUGGAGAAGUCAAUGCAGAACUCUGUGGCCUUUGAGAGGCAGAAGAACAUGGACAACAGAGUUGGGAUCAUCAGGGGAAGCGUGCAGUUGAUGGACCAGGCUGUGAAAUACAUAGAGGACUUGCAGGAUGAUUUUGAUUUCCGCUACAAGACCCUACAGUCUCGAGACUCGACAGAUAAGAACUCGGAGAUGAUGAAACAGGAAGUAACAAGACUGCAGGAAAUGCUCAACAGGCUCGACUUUAAAAGAAAGGAGAUCCUAUCAAAGAUGGAUGUUGUGGUCAAGGAGAUUGAUGACCUGAUGACCUCUCAGCUCAACCCUGAGCUGCAGGACUGGAAGCGGAGGCAGCAGAUCGCCGCCAUCGGUGGUCCGCUGCUCACCGGCCUGGACCAGCUGCAGAACUGGUUUACUCUGACAGCUCAGAGUCUUUUCCAGAUCAAGCGUCAGCUGGACAAACUGGGGGAGCUGAUUGUGAAGGUCACCUACGAAUGUGACCCCAUCCCCCUGCAAAAACCUCAGCUGGAGGAGCGAGUCAGAUACCUCAUCUACCACCUCAUCAAGAGCUCAUUUGUGGUGGAGAAGCAGCCAUGCAUGCCUACACACCCACAGAAACCCCUCAUCAUCAAGACCGGAGUGCAGUUCACCACCAAAGUCAGACUCCUGGUUAAACUUCCAGAGGUGGAUUAUCAGCUGAAAGUGAAAACAACGUUUGACAAGGACCUCCCCCCAGGCAGAGUAAGUCGUCAGUUUUUCAUCCUGACCAACAACACUAAAGUUAUGGACAUUGAGGACUAUUCAAACGGCUGCCUCUCAGUGGAGUUCAGACACCUGCAGCUGAAAGAGAAGAAAUACAUUAACGGCACAAAGGGGAACGAGGGUCUGCUCUCUGUGACGGAGGAACUCCACUCUCUCAGUUUCGAGGCUUGCUUCACAGUGCAGGGCCUCACCAUCGAUCUAGAGACGUGUUCUCUGCCGCUGGUGGUCAUUUCCAAUGUGAGCCAGCUUCCUGGAGGAUGGGCCUCUGUCAUGUGGUAUAACCUUCUGACGGAUGAGCCCCGGAACUUGGCGUUCUUUGGUAACCCACCUCGGGCCACCUGGAACCAGCUCUCUGAGGUCCUCAGCUGGCAGUUCUCCACCUUUGCUGGUCAAGGCCUCAACAAGGAGCAGCUCAGUAUGCUGGGAGAAAAGCUUCUCGGUCAGCAUGCUUCCUGCAGUGACUAUCAAGUGUCCUGGUCUAAGUUCUCUAAGGAGAAUAUUCCAGGGAAGCCCUUCAGUUUCUGGAUGUGGCUGGACUCCAUCCUGGAGCUCAUCAAGAAGCACUUGCUGCCGGUCUGGAAUGAGAACUACAUCAUGGGCUUUGUGAGUAAAGAGAUGGAGCGCACUCUGCUGAAGGACAGAGAACCGGGCACGUUCCUGCUGCGCUUCAGCGAGAGCCACCUCGGAGGAAUUACCUUCACCUGGGUGGAGCACAAGGACAGCGGCGUCAAAUUCAACUCUGUGGAGCCCUACACUAAAAGUCGGCUUAGUGCUCUCCCGUUUGCCGACAUCAUACGAGACUACAAAGUGAUCUCAGAGGGGGUCGUCCCCGAGAACCCGCUCAAGUUCCUCUACCCAGACAUCCCCAAGGACGAGGCCUUUGGGCGGCUUUACAACAGUCAGCCAAGCAAAGUCCAUCCAUACAUACCAUCAACCCUGAUCCCCAUUUCGGAAUUGCACCCUAAUGCGAGCAGCACGCCACCUUCCUGUCAGUCUCCCGAGCCGCCAAUGACUCCAGGAGAGUUUGACAUGCUCAACGAGCACCUGUGCUUCGACAUCGACAGCAUGAGUUCUCCAUAUUCAGAGUAAAGCAAAAUGAAGCAUGCGACACUUUGCUCAAAGCUUCCUCGAAUUAUUCCCAACAGAGUUUUCAUGGCCUGACGCCAGUCUCCGAUGCAGAUCUACAUCUUGAUUUUAAUGAACCAGAGUCUGCUUUUUUUGUGGCUAUAUUGGAUUCAUUAUCUGAGCUGUUGUGUUUUUGUUUUUUGUUUUUUUAUAUAUAUAUUCAGAAUUGUUCUAAAAAGAUUGUGUGGGUUUUUAAUGUUGUUUUUGACUCAGUUACAUUUGAACUAUUGACUGCUUUUCUGUAAGGCCUGUAUUGUACAUAAAACAAUUUAAACAAGUUUAUUUUAACUGAAA